GGGGAGGGAGAGAGAGCGCAGCUCCGAGCUGAGCUGAGCCGAGCCGAGCCUGAACUCUCAGCCGAGCUGUAGAGUAGGCACAGCGCUGCCGUCGGGCACCGUUAUCUAGCUAUAUGUCUGGAAUAGGAAUUAAACAAAGUUUCGUUGUUUUAUGUUUGCCCGAGAUUUUACUGAUAUUCCAGUUUGCUUAGACACGGCAACUGUUUUGUCAGUUUUCUCCUCCAACAGCGUUUGAUUGACAGAAGACAGAGAGAGAGAGGUGUCCGCGAAACUGUGCCUAAGAUGUCUAUAUUGCCUUUCACCCCUCCGAUUGUGAAGAGGCUCCUCGGUUGGAAAAAAGGAGAGCAAAACGGACAAGAAGAGAAAUGGUGUGAAAAAGCAGUGAAGAGUCUAGUGAAGAAGUUAAAGAAGACCGGACAACUCGACGAGCUUGAAAAGGCCAUAACUACCCAGAAUGUCAACACAAAAUGCAUAACCAUACCAAGGUCCCUGGAUGGGCGUCUUCAGGUGUCUCACAGGAAAGGCCUCCCUCAUGUGAUCUACUGUCGUCUGUGGCGCUGGCCUGACCUUCAGUCCCACCAUGAACUGCGCGCUGUAGACCUGUGUGAGUUUGCUUUCCACAUGAAGAAGGAUGAGGUGUGUGUCAACCCCUAUCAUUACCAGCGUGUGGAGACGCCAGUUUUGCCACCUGUGCUGGUACCCCGACACACUGACAUCCCCGCUGAGUUUCCCCCACUGGAUGACUACAGCCAUUCUAUCCCUGAAAACACCAACUUUCCUGCUGGCAUAGAGCCUCAGAUCAACUACAUACCUGAGACGCCUCCUCCAGGGUACCUCAGUGAAGAUGGUGAGAGUAGUGAUCAGCAGAUGAACCACAUGGACACAGGUUCUCCAACCCUAUCGCCCAACCCUGUCUCCCCUGCGAAUAGCAACCUUGACCUGCAGCCAGUAACAUACUGUGAGUCAGCAUUCUGGUGCUCCAUCUCAUACUAUGAGCUAAACCAACGUGUAGGAGAAACCUUCCAUGCCUCACAGCCCUCCCUAACUGUAGACGGCUUCACGGACCCCUCCAAUGCUGAGCGCUUUUGCCUGGGCCUGCUAUCCAACGUGAACCGCAAUGCAGCUGUGGAGCUCACUCGCAGACACAUCGGUCGGGGAGUGCGGCUGUACUACAUAGGUGGAGAGGUGUUUGCAGAGUGUCUGAGUGACAGUGCCAUCUUUGUCCAGAGUCCAAACUGUAACCAGCGUUAUGGCUGGCACCCUGCCACUGUGUGUAAGAUUCCCCCAGGCUGUAAUCUAAAGAUCUUCAAUAACCAGGAGUUUGCUGCUCUGUUGGCCCAGUCGGUGAAUCAGGGUUUUGAAGCUGUGUACCAACUGACCCGUAUGUGCACCAUCCGCAUGAGCUUCGUCAAAGGCUGGGGAGCAGAGUACAGGCGCCAGACAGUGACCAGCACCCCCUGCUGGAUAGAGCUGCAUCUGAAUGGCCCCUUGCAGUGGCUGGACAAGGUGCUCACCCAAAUGGGCUCACCCAGCAUUCGCUGUUCCAGUGUUUCAUAGGAGUCGCCCAUACCUCAUGCACCAUACCCAGGAAAAACACCUAACUGACGACACCCAGGACCCUCCUCCCUCCUGCAGACCAGCAGAGGAAACACAGAAAGGGGAGGAUGGACCGAAGUUUCCCCAGCAGAGAGUCACUCCACUAUUUACCAGUCCCAUCAUUUCCACACAUACAGUUUUGAGCACUUUCUACUGCUGAUACCUGUAUAGCAUGGCUCAUACAGCUAUGCACCACAUAGAUAUCUAGAUUCAUUCUGAUCAUAAAAAAGAUAUAUAUUUUUAUUUUGUUUUUAUAUAUAUUCAACAGUUAAAGCCUAGCUUAAAACAUGAGGAAUCAAACCUUAUGAAGUUUAAAGAUUUUUCAUAUUCAUUGAAAGAGUACAUGAACUCAAUAUUAUUUUCUUGUUAAUAAGCUAGAUAAAGCUUAUAGUACUUAAACUGUAAUACUGUGAUUGUCAGUAUUCAGAGACACCACUGAGUGAGAAAUGUGGUUUUUUUUUUUUUGUUUGUUUGUUUUUUGGGGGGAAAUGAUAUGAAUCUCUCAGGCCCAACAGUCUGCCCUGUGUUUUUGUCUUUAGCAGUCACAUAAACCCUUAACCCCAGAGGGUUAGUACUGCUUUCCUACAGCCUUCAGUGAAGAUGUUGCAUAUGAUCCUAUAACCCUAGCUCUUGGCUAUCCUAAAGUGAUCAGUAAGCUAGGUACGCCUUGUUGUUGUCGAUGUGAUGUGUUGAAGCUUGCUUGCUGUGUUGGGCUUGGAGGUAUUGCACAGUUAAUCUUCAUGCACUGAGCAGUUCAGCACAAUUUAUAGGAUGAUUCAGUGUGGUUGACCUGGUUUAUAUUCUCUUCCUGGCAGGAUUUGAGUGUAUUAAAACUGUUUAACGGUACUUAGGCUAGUAUAGCAGUACUACGACCAUGAGAAGCACUUGUCCUUACUACUCUAUCACAGAGUAAACACGUAAGUUUUGUCAAUGUUGGAAUUGGAUUUUUGUCAGUGACAAAGUUAGUAGCUGAGUAGUGCCAUUUUUCUUGAAAACUUUAGCUUGUAAAAGUAAGUUUGCUUGGCAGAAGAGUCACAGUAAUUUUGUAAUUCUUAUUUUUGCAUAAUGACCGGACAGAAGAGUGCAGUAGUAUAUUUUUGAUGUCUCAUACUGAGGAUUGUACAUAUGUUAAGAGUGUUUAUAAGCAGCUUCUGUGUGGAGGGCAGAUUUUCCCAAUGAGCAGAUGAGCUGCCGACCUGGGCCUCGCAAGGAUAAUUAUUACUGUGUUAACAAUGGCUAUAGUAUUAAAUAGUGAUUAUUUUUGUUGUUGCUAUGUGUGAUAGAAAAGCUUUUGCGCUUUUAUCAUAAUUGUAAUUGUCUUACUUCUGUGCUGGUUGCACCCACCCGUGGUUGGUUUGUUCACUCCCAUUCAUGCACCUCUUUUCUGUUCCUUUUAUGCGUGCCUAGCCCUUAACAAAAUGUCUAGGCCUUGAUAACUUAAAGUGGAAUGCAGAAACAUGCAUGCAGCAGCUAAAGCUAGCCAAGAAGAAUUCAGACAACCACGGGAAAAAAAAAUUCUCAGUGUUUUCCUAUGCUUAUUAUUACACAUUGGUGUGGUGAUGAUGCCUGCAGAGAUUCAAUAGGGGCUCAACAUGUUCUUUUUGCGGCCCUUUUCAGUUGUAGAGAGGGGAGAGAAGUGUCCCAUAUUUCUGAUCCUUGGGAUUUAGAACAUGUGGACCCAGCCUGUCUAUGGGUGACCGGACCAGGGGCCAUAUUUCUGAGAGUACAAGUGUCUGAGAGAGUACUGAUUCAAAAUCACUCCCUACCUUUUUCCUUUGUUUUGAUACAAGAGAGGAAAACAGAUUCUAGAUCAGCUUUCUCAUUCUGAGAAGUGUGAUACAUAUGAGCCCUAAGAAACAGCUCUAGUUCAAGAAACGAGUGGAAGAAAAAACCAACAUGCAGAACAUAGGAAUAGUCAUGUGCUUACCACACGAGAUGUGUGAAGGCAACCAUUUCCACAUUCUUUGGUUUCUUAAAAGCUUCAAAAUAAAUGAACUCACUGUACGUUAUUUUCUAUUUUAAUGGCACAUUAAAGGGAUAUUUCAAACUCAGGACCAUGAGCCCAGUCAAAAGGUCAAUUCUAUUUUACUACCAGUUAUUUUUGUGUAGAGAAAAAAUGGAUCUUGAAGCCAAUAGCAAGAGAUUUUUAAUUAAACAAAUAUAGGGGUGAGGCAAGUACUGCUGGCAGCUCUUGAGGUGUACUCAUAUUUUUCUAUAGAGGUUGAUUUCUCAAGAGGAUGCUCUCGUGUUCAUGGCUGGAUGUGUUUUUGAGCCAGGCCUGUCAGUUAAGAUGGGUGCUUUUUAUCUAAUGGUCUGAACAUUAUGACUUCCUUGACUGGAUUAUUAUUAUUAUUUGUUUUUAUAGAAGUAAAAUAGUGGAUUAAUUGCAUGGUCUUGCAAUUCCUGAAUUUUUGUAAAUGAGAUCAGCAGUUCAUUGCAACACAUUGUAUGUUUCGUUUUUUGAAUGGACACUGUAGACUGCGGCCACCUCCUGUUGAUAGCUCAGGCAAAUACAUGAGGAGAUCAUGUUCUCAAAGCUCUCAUAAGCUUGCCUGUGAAAAUUAGCUUUUCAUGCAAUGAACUUAAAAUUUGUGUUUAUGGGUAAUAUUGAUCUUUGUGGUUGUUGUCUUCCCUCCCAUUUAAACCACCUUACACUGUCCAAUGCUGUGGACCCUUCUGGUUCUCCCUCUGUAACUCAAUAGUGUCUGAGCAUGUCAUGGACUGUUGAACAGUGUUCGUUUAGGGUCGUCAUUCUUGUUGAAAUUCUGUUCAAAUCGAAAUACUGCUUGAUAGUAUCAUGUUUUUUUUCUGAAUUCCGAUUUGGUGAAGCAAAUAUGAAUUGUUUUGUCUUACGGGUUCCAGUACUUAAUUUCUGUGCGCUUUCUCCAUUUGUUGCUUAGAUUUUGUUUGCUCUAAAUGUGGUUUCUCUCUGCAGCUUUACCUACAUAGGUUUUCCUUGCAUUAACUGUUUAAGCUAUUCUCUUGUAUUGCCUCCUUUUGUUAUCCAAGAAUUUUUAAUAAUAAAAAUGUUUAUUUUAAACUGGA